AUGGCAAAAUUAUAACAUCAAAAGACAUUUGACUCAUUCCUAAUAGCAAAAAACGUUCUUUAUGAAACCAUCAUAGCUAAGGUAGAGAAACACUUCUAUGAAAAGUACUUGGAAACCAAGAAGGAAUCUUAUGCUACUAUCAAGACUAUACUUGAGUCUAUCAAAACAGUAGAGUUUGCUAAUUUACCAAAGGAUGACGGAGAAGUUACAUAUAAAAAUAAAAACAUUGCUCACGAGUGGCAAGCAGAAUUCGAGCCAAGAGAACCUGGAUUAGAUACUUCAGCAAUGGAAGAAUUAAAAGUUAAAUAAGGUUUCAGAAUUGCAGAUACAACAUUUGAGGGCUAGAAUAUUAAUGCUAACUUCAGCUUCGGAGCAGGUUAUGAGCAAAAAAGGACAAUGACUAUAAGGACAUCCUACCUAAGAGACUAGAAAAAGUCUACCAAGAUUAUCAAGAGUGCUAUUGCAGACUACGCUAAGCAUCUUAUUCCAAUAGAGAAAAAAAGGAAUGAAGAAGAUGAUGAAAUAGAACUUAAAGUUGGUAAACUCAGACAGCAAAUUGAAAUUGACGAGAAGUAGCGACAAGAAUUGAUUCAAAAGAAGAAAAAUCUGAAGGACUAACUUAGAGGGGGAAACAUAAACGGUCUAUCUUCAAAUCUAAAUGCAUCUCCAUCAAAGACAUUGGGUGAUGACUAAGGUCUAUUUAACUUGCUCUAGAAAGAUAAAUAAUCUGUGACAUUUGACUAUAAUGGGAAUUUGAUCCUUGUUAAGAACCCUAAACUCCAAAAUAGAAUGAAAUUUGAAACUUCUUUCUAAAUCCAGCAGGAAGCAAGCAGCAUUAAUCAAGUUUCAAGAGGGAAGAUUAGUGAGAGUCAUGACGAGAGUAACGAUGGGGACUUAGAUCCAGAUCAGGGAAUGUUUAAUAAGAAAGCUUACUACGGCCAAAUCAUAUAAGCUCUAUAUUCUCAACCACAUAAAAUGAUAGAUCUCAAGCCAGGUGUGCUUCUUAAUGAAGGGGGAAAGCAAUACGGAGGUUAGAUUCCAUACUCUAAAGAGAAUAGGAUUGAUCUUGAAACCUAUAAAAAGAGCAGAGAGAGAACAUCUGGUAAUCCCUCUGAUAAAACUGCUGUGAAUAGGAUUAAAGUUGGCAGUAAUAAUAAUAACAUGCCUUAGCAGGACUCUUAAAGCCAGAGACAGCAUUUAUAAAAUGAGCUAAUGAAGUCAAAUGGAAUGCAAUCAACUUCGCUUGCUUACCAGAGUGAUAUGAAUGGGAUGAUGAAUUCAUUCUAGAAUAAUACUUCGAUAAACAAUUAAUAGAUAUCUGCCUUCCUAAAUAACAGUUCAACUAUGAUCAAUCGAGAUACAAGGUCUCAUCUAACUCAGAAGAAAAAUAAGAGUCAAUUUAUGAAGCACAGAACACCAAACAGAUUAAACAAGAUCAAACUGAAUUCGACCUUCAUAAGAGAAGAAGCUUUGCAUCAGAGCAAACUGAAUGCCUCUGUAUUUGAAGAAUACAAUGAUGUGAAUAAGAACAACAUAUCAACUUUUUCUUAAGAAGCUUCGAUUAAUCACCAAAUGAGCACUAAAAAUGUGAUAUAGAACAUUUUACAAUCUGCUAAAGAGGAGUCAAGCGCUCAUACGACUCUCUCAGCCAACCCUCAAAAUCAAUCAGUCUUGGUUUCUCAAUCUUAAUCUUUCCUGCCUGAUUCCAGAUCAAUCCUAAGCUCUAUCGCCUCAAAGAACAUUAAGCUGACCAAGCUAGAUAAUUCUAUGGUCAAACUGCCCCAUAUUAGUUCUUAGCAAAUGAGUAGCUAGAUGCUCAAUCAAUCAAACUAACAGCUGUAAGCGAUGUAAUAGCACUAGCAACAAAAUUCGUAGAUGAUGCAAACUGCAUUCUCUCAGAGAAAUAUGAUGAACAUCAAGUCUACGAUAAAGAUAUUUAGGAAUGAGGAAGAAAGGCAAAAUGAGAUGAAUAACAUUCAGAAUUUCCAAGAAAUGCAUAGCAUUAACAAAUCUAGGGCUGGCAAGAAAAGCCAAUAUACAAUAAGCAAACACUCAUAAAGUAAAUAUGAAUUUUGA